AUGGGUAUCACUGACAACACCUCGACCAGCUCCAGCAGCGCCACUGAAAAGGAGUUCGCCAAGCUGCAGGACCUCAUGCACAGCGGCGCGACCGAAGCCUCGAGCUACUUGGACUCGCUCAAGAGCAAGUUCAGCGACUACGACAACUCGCACAAGUCGUCAAAGGACUCGGCCACGUCCUUCUUCCAGACCGCAAUGGACCGGGCCCACGACUCGGUCGCCAAGCUCAAGAAAGCGGGCGAAGACCUGCGCGCGAGCGGCAACAACGCGUCGGACUCGGCCGUCGAGUCGGCCAAGCGCACGAUGGACCACGCGCACUCGGCGCUGGAGGAUCUCGGCAAGUCGGCCAAGUCGUACGACGAGCGCGUGCGCGACUCGAUCAACGACAAAGCCGACCGCGCCAAGGACAGCGGAUCCAGUGCAAUGGAGUCGGUCCAGGACACUGUCUCGUGGCUCAUGAACUCGACGCGCGAGUCGACUUUCCACGGCUUUGAGGCGCUGCAGAACCAAUUUGCCGCAACGCAAAAGUCGAUGGCCGACCACGCGUCCGCCGCUGCCGAAGGUGUUUCGAACAUGGCCUUGGACGCUGCCGACGGUGUUUCUACAAUGGCUUCGGACGCUGCCGAGAAGAUCAAACCAGACGAUCCGAAAGCCGCCGACCCGUCGCUGAUGGAACGCGCCACUGGUGCAGUGUCGUCGUCGCUCGAGUAUGUGGCCAGCACAUUGGGUACCAAAAAGACCUCAUAG